AUGGAUACCCUUGCUUAUGGUUGGCUGUCAAACUGUGCUAUUGCUCCGGCCAUUGGUGCACUUUCCGUUUGGAUACUGUUUAUGUUUAACAUUUAUCGAUCAGAAUGGAGAAAUGUUGAUAUCUUUUUGGUUUUGAUAACAUUACAACAGCUUCUCUCUUGUUCAUCAAUUUUUGCAUAUUCACUUGUUAAUAUCAUUCGUUCCCGAGUGGAAACAUCAUGUAAUUUAACAGUUUGGUCAUUGACCACACUUCGUAUUUUUCAAUUGUCAACCAUUGGUUCACUUGCCAUGGACCGUGCUUUAACCUUAAAAUGGCCUUAUAAAUAUCGUUUCAGUGUUCGCUCAAACCAAAUCUGUUAUCAUGUUGUUGUACUUGCUCUCAUGUCAGGUUUAGUUGGAGUUGCUGGUGUUUUUGCACGAGUCUCAUCAACUCAACAAUUUAAUGAUGGCCGAUCAUUUCCAUCAUCAUCAUCAUCAUCCUCAUCGUUAUCAUCUUCAUCUGUAACAUUAUCUUCAUCAUUACCAUCGUCAUCGUUAUCCUCAGCACCUUCAUCACCAUCUUCAACUGUAUCCAUAUUAACCACAACCUCACCGUUGUCAGAUCAGAUGCUGUCAACAAUGCCAUCCAAUCAUACUCAAUCUUCAGCUGGAACCUUGAUCAUCCCAAUGAGCUCUCUAAACAACCAUGUAUGCAGUUUAAAUCCACUUUCAUGGGACAUUCGGUUUAACCUUUUCUUCACUUGUCUCUGUGGUCUGUUAACCCUUUUAACCUUAUCAUCCUUUGUUUAUAUCGAGUGCAACCGUGAUACCAAUGAUUCAACAAGGUCCACACCAAAGUCUAAAAUGUUGCCAAAUUCACGAAUAUCCUCUUUUGGUGAUCUUGCCAUUGAAAAUCUUGGUUCCAAUGAUAAUAUAACCAAUAGUAAAUAUCACUCGCCAAGUUCAAUGGGAAGUGGUGGUGGCAGUGGUGGUAAUGAGGGUGUUGGCGUCGGUGUAGGUGUUGUCAGUGUAAAUGGUGGUGCAACUGGAACCGGAAGCCAUAACAGUUUACAACGAUUCUACAGCAUAAGCAAAGAAGAAUCAGUCAACAGUAAUAAUAAUUUCCAUCCUUCUCAUCAUCAUCCAAACCAUCAUGGGAAUGCCAAUAUUCUCAAUCAUAUACGAUCAUCAGAUAUGAGAUGGGCCGUUGUUGUUGCCAUUACAAGUUUAAGUUAUGCCGUUAACCAAGGUCCAUCACUGAUUUUCAUGUUUGUUGGAAUGAUUGUGCCACAUUUUUGGACUCCACUUCAUGACAAUGUGAUUACCUGGUUUGCUUUGAUUGAAGGAUUUCUCCUUCCAAUAUCACUUUAUUUGACUGAUGACAAUUUUCGUGAUGCCGUUAAACUAUCCUUUCGUCGUCAUCGAUCUGGUUCCUGUCAUGCUAACCAAGAAAAAUACAAACCAUCCUCAGGAAUGAUCAAUAAACCAGGAUUUACUUUCCAUUAUAACGAUUUUGUUCUCAUAGAUAAACCUUAUUUGGGUUUAAUGAAAUCAUCUGAAGCCAAACGGAGUCCAUCAACGUUAAAUUUAGUCUCAUCAUCCAGAAGUCCUUAUCCUGGUCGUCAUUCAACUGAAAUCCUAUCCAAUCAAGGGAAACUUCAAUCAAACAAUAGAGUCAAUGGAUCGUCCAAUAUUAAACCAUCUGGAUUGUUUGGUCUAGGUAAUCACUCGAAAGGUCAACUGGCUCGUAAAAGUUCCCAUUUGAGUUACAUUAUGUCUGCAGAGUUUUGUAAGAAGCAACAACAAUCUGGAUUCUCAUAUGAUUCACCUUCGGGUAAAAGAUUUGGCCCGUUUUUCACCAAUCACAAUUCAACUUUAAACUCUAAUUUAACUCGAUCAGAUGAUUCAAUGAGAAAGGAAAAGCUGGGCUCAUCAAUUGCUCGUCUAUCUCCAAUGGCUUGGUCGGUUAAUGGAGAUAAUUGGCAUUUUUCAUUAGUUGACCGUAAACUUGCUUCAGCAAUGGAAUUGAAUGAUUCCAAUGAAGUUGCCCACAAUGUUAAUGAUGAUGAUGGCAAAGGAAGAUUGAUUGAUAAAUUGUCUAGGAAAAGGAAAGGAGAAAGUAAAGAUUACAGUAAAAGCAAGGAUAGAUUUGGUGAUGAUGUUGAUGAUGACGGUGAACAUAUUUAUGCUACUUUGAAGGUUAGAUCAAUUGGUGACUCUAAUAGUGAUUAUGGAUGUAAAGAGGUUACCAAACCAGCUGUUAAUUCAAUGGUCACUGAUAAUUCUGGGUUUGACGAUGCUUCUAUCAGUCGAUUAUCUUUUACAACAAAUGCCAAUGAUGACUUUGAAUUUCAUGAUACAAGAGAGUCUGGGUCCACAAUUUACUCUAAACCAACCAAUUUUGGUAAGAUGGAAGAGGAAAGUGGUGAUUCAACAUCUUCUGGUGAAGAUGUUUCAAUAAUAACAAGCGACUCAUGUUCAUCCAGUGAUUCUGAUAGUGAUAAUCACUUCAACCAUCAACACCUUCAAUCACAAAUUCACCUUAAAGGUGGUAUCAACAAUUUUUUCUCGCAAAUUCCAAUAGCUGCACAUCAAAAUCGUCGUCACUACUCUUCUCAAAUGUUACCCGGACCAAAUUACCAUGUAAAUCAUCUUCAAAUGGACAAGGGAAACUUUUAUGCUAACAAAACUGCCAAUAUAACUGCGGCCAAUCCGAUGUUGGGCUACAAUCGUAACAAAUCUCGAUCAAUAUCGCAAAUAACAAAUCCAAAUGGAGGUAAUCUGAAUGAUUAUGCCAGUAAUAAUAAAGGAGGUGAGGAAAAGCGUCGAGGUUGGCAAUUUUUCUCGGCUAGUGAUUUACAUUCACUGGAAAAUAAAGGCAACGAAAAUGGUCAAUUGAAACAAGACGCUUAUUUCAUAAACCCUUUGAAUAGCAAUAAAAUGAAAAGUCAAUUUGAUGGACACGCUGUUGAUGGAGCGAUUGGUUCUCGUAGGACAAUGAGUGAAACCAAUCUAACACCGGCAAAAUCUAUCAGCCAAUUGAUUCAACAACAACAACAGCAACAGCAACAACAAUUAAUUUAUGGAUCAAGAGACGCUGGCUUGUAUCAGCUCACUAGAUCAACACAUAAUCGCAUUCACCUUCCCUUUGACCCUAAUUAUCCUCACCAUCUAAAUCAACAGCAUGAUACUAAUACAAGUAUUAGUACAAACUCUAGUGUCAACAGCUCGGGAAUUGGUGAUCAUAAUAAACGAUUCGCUAAUUUAAUCAUGACAGGAGCAAAUGGCGAUAGAAGAUUGGAAAGAAUAAGCAGCUUUUCCAAGAAUCGUCCUCGAAUUCGUGCUCAAAAGUACCAAUUAUACAGACGAGCAGCUAAAAGACAGGAUUCAAUCAAGGAAUUAUCUGUCGACUAUAGACGCAAUUGUGUUGGUUCACGUUUAAGUUUAACUCAACAGGACUUGAUGAGUGGUCCAUCUGAGCAAUUAGGAGCUUUUGUUAGUGUCAAAUCAAUGCCUGAUUUAACGAUAAACAGUUAUUUGCCAAUCUACAAUCAAUUAUCUUCAAGCAAGAAGUAAUAAUAAAUAGUGAAUAUCGAAUUAGACAGAUUGUUUUAUUAAUCAUGAAACUUUGUACGAAAUUGAUCACUCAUCUGUCAAUAGUUGAUCAUGCAUUGCAACAAACUACUUGAAAGCUUUCAUCACAAAGGUUAAGCUGUUUGAAUCGUGAAAUUAAAUUGAUCAAAAUCAUACUGAUUACCUUAUGAAUAUGUAUAAUUUGUAAAAAUUUAUAAGAAAAUUGAACAUUGUGAAAGAUAGAGAAAAAAAUUAAAAAUGUAAUUUUUUAUUUUA